UUUUUCGAUACAACAUCCCUUGUAUGUCAAUAACAAGGCUCUUGCAAGAUGAGGAUGCGUCCUUUUUAAUAAAUUCUUUACAGUGGACCGGUAUAUAACUAUCUGGCUAGUCAUGGUUGUUAGUUGCCACAUGUAACUAUACUUCGUAUUCCAACCCCACAUUUUGAUAGUGUCCGGACAUAAGUCCUCACGCAAGUUGCGACAAAUAAAUAACUAGCGUCUGCAGAUGAGUUGUUGUGCGACCAAAAGCCGUUUAAAACAAUACCCUGGCGUUCACCCAAUAUUGGGACGGAUAUAUGACUUGAGGGUCACGCUUUACGCAUAGUUCUCAGAUAGGAUUUCUAAAAGAAUGGCGGCCUCCCUUUUCGAUCUUACAGGGAAGACAGCACUGGUGACAGGCGCCACAAGAGGGAUUGGCCAGGCUAUGGCGAUUGCCCUGGCGGAGGCGGGAGCAGACGUUAUCCUAAUUAGGGGCUCUUCUCCAGACACGACCACAAGAGCAGCCAUCGAGAAAACAGGCCGGAAAUGCCACAGCUACCAGUGCAACCUGGCCGAUAAAGCCGCUGUAGCUCGUCUCAUUCCAGCAGUUACCGCCGAGCACAAAGCUAUCAAUAUCCUUGUCAACGCGGCGGGGAUUCAGCGCCGGUGCGAAGCCGAAAACUUCCCGCAGGAGGCAUAUGAAGAGGUCAUGCAGGUUAAUCUCAAUGCGCCGUUUACACUCUGUAGGGAUAUGGGCAAAUAUUGGAUCGAAAAUAACAUGCGCGGUUGCAAGAUUAUUAAUGUGGCCAGCGUGUGCACGUUCUUUGGGGGCGUGAAAGUACUAGCGUACUCGAUGAGCAAAGGGGGCAUAGGACAGUUGACGAAGGCGUUGAGUAAUGAGUGGGCUUCGAAGGGGAUUAAUGUAAAUGCAAUCGCGCCAGGCUACAUUGCAACAGACAUGAAUCGGGACACAGUAACUGGCGACCCAGCGUAUCUAAAGAGCAUCACAGACAGGAUUCCUGCAGGGCACUGGGGGAAACCAGAAGAUCUGAAGGGCCCUGUUGUCUUUCUGGCUAGUGAAGCUAGUUCCUAUGUCAGCGGAGAGAUUUUGACGGUUGAUGGCGGUUUCUGUGGGCGUUGAGACAAUUUCAUGCCUGGACAAGCGUGCCGCAUGCAGCCACUAGUUAUAGAACUUGGAAUUAUUAGAUUAGUUAUAUCUCAUGUCAGCUUAGCAGGACUUAAAGCCCAACCUUGAACCCUGAAGCUUUCUUUCACUUCUUCUUGCUGCAUUAUCGAAUCGCUGAAACGCGACGAUUGUGCCGAAGACGGCAGCCUUCAUCCACGAUGUUCGAAGUACGGAGUAAACCAGUUCUCUUCUCAUAUUGGCUUGAACCCACAUACCAACCAAGGGCAGAGUAACGUAGAUGACUUAAAGGCAAAGCCAUUUGCAGCUUAGAGUCCACUACCAACGAUAUGUGAUAUAAACGGCAAUCUCAUUUCGCCCUCGACUAC